GGUUCCAAAGACGGCAGCAUCCAAGAGGUGAACGUGAGCCCCUGCCCCACGCAGCCCUGCCAGCUCCACAAAGGGACAUCCUACAGCAUCAACGUCACCUUCGCCAGCAAGAUUGAGAGCCAGGGCAGCAAAGCGAGGGUGUACGGUGAGAUGCUGCACGUGGACAUUCCCUUUCCCAUUCCUGAGCCUGAUGGAUGCAAGUCUGGGAUCCAGUGCCCCAUUCAGAAGGGCCAUUCCUACAGCUACCUGAAUAAACUCCCUGUGAAGAGCGAGUACCCCAGUAUUAAACUCAUUGUGAAGUGGGAGCUGGUGGAUGACCAGGACCAGAUGUUGUUCUGCUGGAAGAUACCCGUGCAGAUUACUAGCUGAGGAGCCCUGCCAUUAGUAGGGCCUGGGGAGGGGGAAAAACAGAAGAAAACACAGGCCAAAUUCUUUUAUAUAAUAAGCAUUUCUUACUGCUUCCUUCAGAGCUCUGCAGCCUCUG